AUGGCUCUCGCUCCCAAGUUUGCGGCCCACCGCCUGGUCUUUACUGACCUCUCCGCCGCCGCCUCUGUCGCGCCCGUCCACACCGUCGAAAUCUUCCUCGACUACGUCUGCCCCUUUUCGGCCAAGCUCUUCAACACCUUUUACACGGGCGUCGUGCCCGUCCUGCGCUCGCGGUCGAGCGGCGUCGGCAGCCGCGUGCAGGUCAUCUUCCGCCAGCAGGUGCAGCCGUGGCACCCGAGCAGCACGCUGACGCACGAGGCCGGCCUGGCCGUGCAGCGCGCCGCGGUGGCCGCGGGCAAGCCGCAGCUGUUCUGGGACUUUAGCGCGGCGCUGUUCAAGGACCAGAAGGCGUACAUGGACGUGGCCGUGGUCAGCGAGGGCCGCAACGACACGUACAAGCGGCUGGCCGCGCUGGCGGCGGCGUCGUCGGGCGGCGCUCUCGACGCGGGCACCAUCUACAAGGACCUGGCCGUCGCCACAGAGCCGGCGGCGGACGGCUCGGUCAACACGGGCAACGCCGUCACCAACGACCUCAAGCUGGUGAUCAGGGCCGGCCGGCUCGUGGGCGUGCACGUCAGCCCGACGGUGCUCUUUGACGGGCUGGUCAACAACGACAUUUCGUCGUCGUGGACUGCCGAGCAGUGGCUGGAGUACCUGGAGAAGAAUGCGGUCUAG